AAACCAGAUAGCCGAACCCGGCUUUUUCAAAACACCAAACACUUCCCUCCGUCUCUCUCUCUCUCCCCCUCUCCCCACUAUCUCUGGCAAGUCUCUCUCUCUCUCUCUCUACUGUAACCACAGACGAAAAUGGCGGCAUCUUCUAGAAAAUCGAGCGGACCAGUGCUCCGCUCUCUCUCUCCUUCCAGCAGAUUCUACAAUCGUCACUCCUCUUCGACUUCGUCUUCUUCUUCCUCAGCUUUCGCAUCUUCCACCUCCAGCUUCUUUAGCCGUUCCAUCUCACCCACUCGUGUCAAUCUCUGUGGUCCAUCUUCCUCGGUUCCCUCCGUUCGAUUCUCACUCGACCGUUCCACCUCUCCGAACCGCUCCAUCUCCGUGACGCCUCGCGCCGGCGCCUCAAGUUCUGGCCAGGCGGUGAAGAGGCAGAGCCAGCAGAAGCGAACCUGUAUGUGCUCCCCUACCUCGCAUCCUGGUUCCUUCCGAUGCAGCCUUCACAAGAAUUUCGGCUCUAAUUCGGUGGCUCCGUAUUCGCCAAACAGGCUCAACGCGCGCAGAUCGGCGAUGACGAACUCGGUGGUGAGAAUUGGCGGCGUGGAAGGGGAUUUGGUGAAGAGGGCCUUGGCUGCGUUGAUUCGGCCGUCGUCGCAUCAGCAGAGAAGGCGAGCGGAUUUCCGGCCGAGACCAAGUAGGCUUUCCGUCAUGUCCAAGGCUGAAGAUUCUUGAGCAGUGGCAUCGGUAGCUGCUUAUUGAUCCCUUCGAUUCCUUCAACAUUCUCGGAGAGUUUCCGGUCGAGAAAGUUGGCUUCAAAUUCUGGCUUUGAGAUCUGACAUAUGCAAGGAAGAGAUUCGGCACGGACCUUUUUUGUUUACCGGAAACCGAAAUCCGAUAGAGAACUGAAUAUUAUAUAUAUAUAUAUAUAUAUAUAUAUAUAUAUAUAUAUGCACAUUAUGUCCAUACAUAUCUAGAACAGGUAGUAGUCAGAGUCAGGGACUGCUGUUAAUGGUGAUCCUGGGAGCUUUUGGACCGAAUUCCAUCUAACCAAUUGUACAUAACUAAGAUUUUGUUAAAAAAAAUUUAACUUAUUCUGACAUAAAUUUACUUUGAUCACUCUUGAUUUGAUUUCUCUGUGAUCUUUCGUUUCCUCGCCACCUUUGGCUUUCAUAUUCAUUGCUGCAAAUGCCCAGUAACGCUCUUCCUCAUCCGGUUAAUUUUUCUUUUCAAUAAUUCGUUUCAUAUAUUUCGCUGAUCAAUUUGCCGUACGUUGGUGGUGUUUUUGGUUCGGGUAGUUCAUUGAAUUUGGGGGAUUUGGUUGAACACUUAAUCACGUCCAUAUUUCUGUGAAUUGAUCUGCAUAGCCGACUGUUCUUUUUAUUUGCUGAGAUUAAAUAAAAUUACUUACUAUGAUUUUUGAUAUGUUAAUAUUAUUGAUUUUAGAUUAGUCGUCUUUGUUUUGCAGGAGAUUAUAAUUUGCUGAUAGAGAAGGACAGACACAAGGGUGUGUUUUUUUUUUUUUUUUUAAAAAGGUGGGGCCCAGUCUCCUAGGCCUUCCUCCAUCAGAGAUGCUAACCAUGAAGGUGCAGGCUUGUAUGGCGGUGGACUGGUCUGAAAAAUACAGUUUAGAAUUGAGCUGGAAGGAGCAGACAGAGAGGCCAAAGAUAGAAAAUGAUGGAACCUACCAAAAGAAAAAUGUAAAAAGCUGAAAAGAUUAACUAAAAGAUGUUGAUAAAUUGUAAAACAUAGCAAAAUAAAGAUUUUGACAUGUAAACAGAUAGCAGCGCAGCUAAAAUCAUGUCCCAGCAACUCUCGCCACCUCUCUUGAAAGAACAUAUUAUUUAGACAACUUUGAUUCAAAGUCGAAAAUAUAUUGAUUCUUAUUUGAAACA